CACCAAUUGAAUCGUCUCUCGAUAAUUCUGUCUUUAACUAAUUCCACCAAACCCAAUCUAAACGACGCUACUUCGACACUAUGACAAACAACAGUUGCUGCAAUGAACUCAGCAAGAUCCCCAUGGAGAUCGGCUAUCUCCAUAAUCUCGUCCUCCUCGACCUAUCCAAGAACAGUCUUACGAGCCUUCCAGAGACCAUCAUGUAUCUGACAAAGCUCGUGGAUCUCAAACUGUCCUUCAACCAGCUCGAGUCCAUCCCCGCCGGCAUUGGCGGGCUCACUAAACUCGCAGCACUGUCCCUCGAUAACAACCGGCUUGAGUCGAUCCCCUCACAAAUCGGUCUGAUCAAGGGACUGAUCAACUUGGAUCUGUCCGAUAACCCCAUCACAGUGUUGCCAGCUGAAGUCGGAAAGCUGCAGUUCUUGAGACGGUUGAAGCUGGAUCGGUGCCCGCUUGUUGAAUCGUUCUCACACUCGCCACUGCAUUCGCCACCAACACUCCUGGAGCUGGCAGCCAGGGUCAUUGUCCGGCAUGAUGUCCCAGUCCCGCCAAUGACGCUGCCACAUCUGAAGACGUAUCUCAAGAGUGCGAACACCUGCACGUUCUGUGAUGGACCUUACUUUGAUGCGUCGGUGAAGCGUGGAAAGAUGAUCGAAAAGAAUGACAUGUUCAUCCCGCUCGAGUACACGCUCUGCCAGCCUCAUUGGAACACGGAGCUGGAGAGGAUCAAAUUGUUGUUCUGCAAGCGCCCCAUCACCUCGCCACCUGCCAAUGCGUCCUCGGUACCCCAGGGAACUAUUGGACACAUCAAUGUGGCGAAAAGGCAGUCUCAGAGACCCGCUUUAACAGCAAGGUCGACAUCAGGAUCGACCAACUCGACUUUGGGAUCAACAUUUGAUUUAGAAUCUUCUUCUGCUGCUUCGACUGCUGCCGGCGCUGCAUCGGGCACCAGUCGUCCUCGGAACCGAAAAUAUGCGUCCGAAGGCGACCGAUCGCUGUCGUUUGUAGGAAACCGGCUAUCGAUGCUGUUGGGACCCAGGGGUGGCGACAAGCGUGAGAGACCCACAUCGACAUACCGCACCGCUUCCAUGCCAGUCGUCGCCACCUCUGCGAAUGCUGGAUCAACAAGCGCGACGGCAGGAUCUUCGCGAUUGGCGUCUUUGUCUUCGUCUUCGUCUUCGUCAGGAGUGGGCACACCCCGAAUUCAGACGAACGGUGCUGCGAUCGUCCAGGAGGGAAAUGGCGAGCAGCCUAUUCGACCUAGGGUACGACGUUCAGUGACGAGUGGCAUCCUGGCGAGGGCGGCGUUCAAACUGAGGCGACCGCUGUCGAUGGCGUCUGCGUUUGAGACCGCGUCUGUACCAGUGGGUCAUCUUGAUGACCUGGGUACUUCGUCGUCGGCAACUGAUGCAGAUGCGGCUACAGCCACGAAUUAGAUAUUCUUUUUUAUUUUUUAUUUUUUUUUUUUAGAUGGCUUUCGACUACAUAACUGUAUACACUUUGCUUGUGCAUUUUUAUUUUUUUUAUUUUUUUAUACCCUUCACCACACCCACACACACAUGCACACACACACAUAUUCUCGUACCAUUUCCCUCCCCAAAAUUUCAUGUGUUUCUUUGCUUUCUUUUUGCAAUCGCUUUGUUCUUUAGAGUCUUUCAUUUUUAUUUAGUUUUUGCUUUGUUUUCAAAAAUAAAAGAAUUGUCCAUUG